AUGUCUGCUUCAGUUAAAUGUGGUGCUUGCGCUAAAACCGCCUAUCCAUUAGAAUCAGUUGUUGCUAACAACAAUUCAUACCACAAGGGUUGUUUCAAAUGCUCAACUUGCAAUUCUACUCUCAAUGUCAAAACUUUCAAAUCAUUCGAAGGUAAACUCUAUUGUCCAGUCCACACACCAAAAGUUUCAGCUACCGCUGUUACUGAUUCAGUUGCCUUAAAGAAUGCCCUCAAUGCACCAAAGAAAGUUGCUGAAGGUUUAGGUAAUGCCCACAGAGGUUUAGAUGAAAAACCAAACAUUGGUCUUGACUCAAUGGCCACUGCUAAUGCCCUCAAUGCCCCAAAGAAGGUUGUUGAAGGUUUAGGUAAUGUCCAAAAAGGUAUUGGUGGUAAACCAACCUACGCCGUAUUUGGUGCUGAUGGUCAACCAACUGGUGAACAACAAGAACAACAACAAUACACUGAAGAACAAUACGAACAACCACAAGAAGAACAACAAUACCAAGAAGAACAACAACAAUACCAAGAAGAAGAACAACAAUACCAAGAAGAAGAACAACAAUACCAAGAAGAAGAACAACAAUACGAAGAAGAACAAUAA